AUGUAUCGAUCAGUCCCACCUUUGACAGCCAUCGAUAGAUUCUUGUGGGGCCAGCAGUCACAGAAUCACAAGACUUCUACUGUGUCGCCCAACACUGAAAGAUCGAGUUUCAUCGAUGGCUUUGAGCAGGCUUUGAACUGGACACGCACUCAAGUCCCACCAUCGUGCUGCGGAAACAGAGUUCUGGGGAAGCAUGAUGGUGAUGAUACUGUGGGAAGGAGAAUCAAUAAGAAAGGGUCUCGUGUAUCUUUGAUCAAAGGACAGUGGACUGAUGAAGAAGACAGGAAAUUGGUGAGGUUGGUGAAUCAAUAUGGUGUGAAGAAAUGGGCUGAAAUAGCAGAGAAAUUGGAUGGAAGAGCUGGCAAGCAGUGUCGAGAGAGAUGGCACAAUCAUUUGCGCCCUGAUAUUAAGAGAGAAAGUUGGAGUGAAGAAGAAGAGAGGAUAUUGGUGGAAACACAUGCCAAGGUGGGGAAUCGUUGGGCAGAAAUAGCAAAGAACAUUCCAGGAAGAACAGAGAAUGCAAUCAAGAACCACUGGAAUGCCACUAAAAGGAGGCAGAAUUCCAAGAGAAAGAAGAAAAUCACACACAAAGCACACAAAAAGCCACGUUCCUCUGUACUUGAAGACUACAUCAGAAGCAAGACCCUGAUGAGUAACACUGUACAGCACAUUGCAGAAAACCAGUCUGAUGAACCCUCUUCUGAAUUUGCUGUUGUUCAUGGCAAAUCUGCAAUUGCUGAGCCAUAUGAUGAGGAAUUGCGCUUCCUGCAAGGUUUUUUAGCCGACAAUCAGAAUCAGAAACAGUCUCUUGCUGAUGCUGACCUCUCUGAGAAUUCUUCAACUUCCUACUUGUUGGACUUUUGUCAAACUGAUGGUGGACAGCAUCUUAUCGCUGACGUGACAACUGGGCCUGGAUUUGUGUUUCCCAUAUCAAACCCAGAUGACAAAAUGAGCUUCUACGAGAGUUUCCUUGCUGAGAAGGCUGCCACUCCCAUUAAAGACACCCAAUCAGAUCUUUAUCUCUCUCACCUGCUCAAUGGACCAACUUCCUCAUCACUUUUGUGCGGGUAUGGGAAUCAAAACCUGAAGGUGGACUUUCAAAUGGGGUAUCAAGAUAGUUCAGGAGGAAAGCGAGAGAUGGAUUUGAUGGAAUUGGUUUCUUCUUCUAAAUUCUCUACUAGCAUCAACUGUAGCAUAUGA